AUGGCGCAAUACAGAGAAGAACAGCAACAACACCAUGUUACAAGGAAUUUUUAUCACCAGCAACGAUUAAGAACGGCGACAGCAACAAUGAAUGGAAAUUAUUCAGCAUUAUUUUUUAAAAGUAAAAGUAAUCAACAUACACUGAAUUAUAUAAAUUUAAACUAUUGGCGACAAUAUUGUAAUUAUUUACCUUUAAUAUUUCGUGAAUUAUUGUUCAAUAAUUAUUUAUUAUCAAGAAAUAAUCAGCGAGCAACAACAAUAACUACUACAGUUGGUGAGUUUAGUUCUUCGGAACAACCUUGGAUAAAUUUUAAUUUUUUUUUAUCGCCAGUGGCAACAAUGCAAGCGCGACAACAUCGAAGAAACGGUUUAGAAAUAUUGCCUUUAUUGGAUAUUUAUGGAACUAAACCACAACAACAGCAUGAUCUAUCGCCAUCAACUUUAAGUACUUCAAGUAGUGGAGUUUUAUCAGUAGAUGACCAUAACAAUAAAAGUUCAACUAACAAAGUACCACUAUCUUCUUUCGCUAUUAAACAUGGGAAUAGUGGCAAUAAUCUGGAUAAUAUUAAAAAUGAUGGUAAUAACGACAAAAAUAAUGAUAAUAAUAGUAAUUCAAGAAGCGAGUUUGAAAGACGUUUAUCAACAACAGCGUUAACAAAAGCAUAUUUUAAUACAAAUUUAAAGCGACAAAAAUUAGAACAGAAAGAAAAUAUUGAAAAAUUAGUCGCUGAAAAGCUUCUUGUGAAGGAUUCAGCCGAACAACAUCAGUAUUUUAUACUUAAUAAUAAAUUUUCAUGGAUCGUCAAAAAUCAUCGAAAAUCAUUUGAAUUGCCUAACAAGGUAUGUAUUAAAUUUCUUGUUUUUGUCAGUCAACCCGAUGGAAUAUUGCUUAGAGCAUUUCAACCAUCGGCAUAUGAUUCGGCUUAUACGGCUUGUCUCAUUGGUCCUCAUUUCUCAGUUCCGAAACUUAUUGAUAAUGAAUGUUUAUCAGAAGUAUGUCUUCUGCCAAAUGAUGGUAAAACUGCGCAACAGCAUUAUGAUUUGAACGCAAAUCCUCUUUCGCGAACCGAUAAUAAGCUAUCUGAGAAGCCUUUCUUCAGUGGGACAUCAUGCGAAGUACCUCAUGCGACGAAAGUCUCAGAUCAAAGAGAAUUUCUCAGUGAGAAUUAUAAUGCGCAAAAUUUUCCGAAGCUGCCGAGGCAUUUGUUAACAGAUUACUAUCGACGAGAUAAUCAAAGGAAAAUUUCGUCUAAUGAAAAUCUCAAGAAAGAUUAUAUUUCCGGAUCGAAUUAUUAUAAUAAUACACAACAGCAGCGUUCAUCAAGGAAACCUCUGUCAUCGAGACAAACACAAAGAGAUGUUUAUAUACCACAAUAUAUAAAUGAUCGUCAACAAUCUUAUUCUCGAAGCGCUUCUCAAUCAGUUACCGUAGAUUUCGAACGUGGUUUUUCUCUUAAAAGCUCAGGAAAUCGUUAUCAACGAAAUCAUCCAGCAAGAUUUUUAGGAAUUCGCUCUGGUUCUUAUAGAAAUUAUCGUGAUAGAAACGCUUAUUAUGGUAGAAGAUCUAGCUCAUCGAUUUCACAAAAUGAGCAGGAAGACCAUGGUCGAACUCAAAAGAACUCUGGUUCACGAAAUCAAGAUGUGCUUAGCAAAUAUCCGAUGAAGCCUUUUUGCAAUGGAGCAAAUUUAUAUCCACCAACUGUUAUGCAUGUAACAUCAAGCACUAGCCGCAUACAAAAUCAAACUCAAAUUGAUAAAGAUAGUGAAGAAAAUAUUUUUGAUGAGGUGAUGUCGAAUCUUGCGAAUGAGAUACAACAUACUUUAUCGUCCGAACACAGGCCAAAUUUACGCGACGAAUUAUCGAACUGCUCAUUAGAAAUAAACAAAGGAACUGAUAAUCGCUUAUUAUUUUGCAAUGUUUUGCUGGAUUCGCAAAAAGAAAAUUUACGAUCGUUUGAUGGUGUUCAUUUGUUGCCUUCAGAGAUUUCGAUGAUUAGUCGCGAAAAUUAUAUUCGAAGAUGUGAAAAACUUAAUGAUUACCAAAUUCAACGACUUAUGACAAUAGCGAAUGUCUCAUGUUCAGAUCGUAGCAAUCAGUUAUUUGCUGAAAUAUUGUUUUGUUCUUCGCCUUAUAAGCAUUCACUAUUUCUGGCUUGGCUUGCUGAACUGAUCGCCAGAGAACUAUUUGAAGAUAGCGAAAAAGAAGAGCACCUAGGAAGUGAUUAUGACAGCUAG